GCGCGCCCAGGCCCGGCUCGCAUGCGAGUCACGUCCGCCCCCUCGGCGCGGCCGCCCCGAGACGCCAGCCCCGCCGAGUGAUGAGAACAGACGUCAAACUGCCUUAUGAAUAUUGAUGCGGAGGCUAGGCUGCUUUCGUAGAGAAGCAGAAGGAAGCAAGAUGGCUGCCCUUUAGGAUUUGUUAGAAAGGAGACCCGACUGCAAGUGCUGGAUUGCUGCAAGGCUGAGGGACGAGAACGAGGCUGGCAAACAUUCAGCAGCAGGCCCUCUCAAUUGUCUUCUCAGCCUUGCUCCUGUUGAGUUGCCACACUUGGAGAAAGCAGGAGAUGGGCUCAGCAGUGGCCAACAGGACAUGAUCCAGGAGGAGCAGUGAGGGAUAAAGCUGCUGGAUUCAUUCAGAGGGCAGCCUUGUGGAUGGCCCCGAAGUAAAGCCUGAUGGAACAGGAUAGAACCAACCAUGCCGAGGGCAACACGCUAAGUCCAUUCCUGAUACCGUCACCUUCUGCAGUUUGCCAGGCAGAACCUCUGGCUUUAAACCUCCAGAAUGGCAGCCCGUUACCCGAGAGAGCUCCUCCAGAGGUCAACGGAGACACCCAGUGGCAAGCCAUCAGAAGUCGCCAGGGAACAGCCAAUGUCAAGGAAAGCCAGAAGAGUCCGGAUUUUAUGCAAGGGUAUUCCACGUGUUUCCAAAAUGGAGGAAUAAAACACACAGUUAGUGAAUCCUCUCUGUCUGGGCUCCCUCAUGGCAAAAAACGAAAACUAGACCAAAAGGCGAAUGAAGAAAGAAUUUACUUCGGGGAAAGCCAUGAACAAAAUCCAGGGGAAAGCAGCAGUCAACCAAAUGUCUCCGCUUUGAAUGAUCACGUCGAAUCUGCAAGCUCUGCAGCCCAAGACAGUAUCGUUAAAGAUCUGGCCAGUUUCUCAUCACGCAACACCAGUGGGUCAGAAAGACCAGAGCUUCAGAUUCUGAAUGAGCAAGAAGGGAAAAAUGUUAACUUGCAAAACCAGAACAUGGAAUUACUUGUUAAAAACAAGGCAGUGCUAAUGCCUAAUGGUGCUACAGUUUCUGCCUCUUCCGUGGAAAACACACAUGGUAAACUCCUGGAGAAAACACUGUCUCAAUAUUACCCAGAUUGUGUUUCCAUUGCGGUGCAGAAAACCACAUCUCAUCAAAAUGCCAUUAAUAGUCAGGCUCCUCAUGAGUUGUCCUGCGAGGUCACUCAGCCAUUGCAUACCUCAGGGCAGUUCAAUUCCUCACAGACCUCGAAAUCUGAGCUGCCUCCAGAGCCAGGUGCAGUGGAAACCGAGGCCUGUGAUGCUGAUGCUGGCAAACCAGCUGCGAUGCUAGGGACCUGUCCAUUUCAGAAACCAGACCAACCAAAACAGCCAAAGGCCAUGCUUGAGAUAUGCCCAUCUCCUGCAGAAAACGAGGACAUUCUAGGAGCCACAAAUCUGUUAUCUGAAGAAUUCGGUUCAGGUUCCAGCAGCAGUUUGCAAGCUCCUGGUAGCAGCUCUGAGUAUUUAAAGCAAAAUGAAAUGAAUGGUGCUUACAUGAAGCAGAUCUCAGUGUUCACUAAGGACUCCUUUUCUGCCACUACCACAUCACCAUCACAAUUGCUUUCUCCGCCUCCCACUCCACUUCUUCAGCUGCCUGCAGAACGAAAACAGAGUCUGAAUGAUGUAAAUUUGGAAGAACACCCUCACCAGCCUAUCCGAAAGAAAAGGGCACUUUUACAGGAAGUAAAGCUAGAGCGUCAAUCUGACACGCCAAUAUGCCCGAGUCCUAUUCCAACUACACACACAUCUAAUUCCUCUCUGAUACUUGCAGAAGGGCCUCAGAAUAACUGUGUUAUCAAAAAUGGCAAACAGACCCCUGGGACAAUGACAGUUCCAUUGAAUUCUGAAAACAUAAGACCAGUAUCAGAACAUUUAAAACAUAACCCAGCCUCUCUUACUAGCAGUGGGGAGCUACAGGACCACUGCUGGAAGAUGGAGCAAGAGAUUCUGACAGGUCGAGAAAAGGGAAAAACACAAGAUCUUGUGCUUCCGAUGCAGCAUUAUGUGAAGCCAGGAUGGAUUGAGUUGAAGUCCCCUCAUUUUUCUGCAUCAGAAUCUCAUCCAAAAUGUGAUGAUACAUCCCUGCGGUCAAUUCUUCAGUAUCAGUGCAACUCCUCCAAUCAGAUGGCCUCUACACAAUACACUGGAAAUUCCAAUGUGCCUGGGGAACUCCCCAGGCACGCUUACAUCCAGAAAUCAAGGCAGCGAGAACAGAAGUCACCAAUGUACCCAGUUGAAGUGAAUCAGUGUCAAGGUGCAGCGGACCAACACCUUCAGUUUUCAAAAGCCUCACAGCAGGUGCCCUUCUCCAAGACAAACCUUUCACCUGCCACUCACCUGCAGUCACAGUGUGACCCAAAAUUUCAUUUUCCACAGAAAGGAGAUUUUCUCACCGAAAAACUCAUGUCACCACUGUUAAAGCCACACUUGAAUCAACGGGCUUCAGUGACUGAGCCGUUUUCAAAUUCACAACUGUUGCCUCAAAAGCAGGCAGCACAAACACAACCAUCCCAAAAUUCACAUCUUCUGCAAUGCCAACAGCAACAGAAGUUACAAGUAAAGAAUAAAGAACAAACGCCCCAGACUGUGGCUCAUCCACAGAGCAACAAUGAUCAGUCGAGAGAACGGUCAUUCUUUGCCCAUGUUAAAGUCGAGGAAUGCUUUCAUGGUGAAAAUCAGUAUUCAAGAUCAAGUGAAUAUCAGAUUCAUAAUCCCCCAGUGGGAUCGGAGCAUGUGCAGCAUACGAACAGUAGAAAUUCUCCCUAUGGACAGGUGAAAUCAAGUGCAAGUAACGUGCAAAUUUCUUAUUCACACAGUACACACACAGUUCCAGAGAAUAAAGGACAGACUGUUUCAAACUUGGCCCAAAACGAGGCCCAAACCUUGGAUCACAUGCAAUAUUUUCCAAAUAAUGUGACUGCAAAGCAGAAUGCUCUUCACAGGUGCUUUCAUGAACAAGAGCAGAAACCUCAACCAGCUUCAGUUCUACAGGGAUAUAAAAGUAGAAACCCAGAUAUGUCUGGUGAGCUAGCCACACAACUAGCUCAGCCAAGGUACUCGAUGCAUAACCAAGCUAAUGCUUUUCCUGUUCCUGAGCAGGGAGGAAGUCGCACUCAGACCCCUCCAGAGAAGGACCUGCAAAAGCAUGCUGCUUUAAGGUGGCACCUGUUACAGAAGCGGGAACAGCAGCAGCAAGCGCAACAACCCCAGACGGAAUCUUGCCAUAGUCAGGUGCUCAGGUCAAUUAAGGUUGAACCUGGAUCCAAGCCUCAUUCCUGUAUGCGUUCCCCAUCAGCACAGGCAGACAGUAAAACGUGGAAAAAGAUAAGUAAGCAAGAAAAUCUGCCUUCAAGCUGUGAUAACAUGCAGCAGAAGAGUAUUAUUGAGACGAUGGAGCUGCAUCUGAAGCAGUUUCAGGUCAAAUCACUAUUUGACCAUAAGGCUCUUGCUCUGAAAUCACAGAAGCAAAUAAAAGUUGAGAUGUCAGGCCCGCUCACGGUUUUAAGCAGGCAGAUCACUGCUAUGGAUUGUGAGAGCCGCACUGCAGCUUCAGAUCAGCUAGUUACUGCCUCAGAAAAGACUCCAACCAAAACAACAGCUGGUUCUCUUCUCAAUAGUUUCUUAGAAUCACCUUAUACAUUUCUAGAUACUCCGAUAAAAAAUUUAUUGGACACACCUGUCAAGACUCAAUAUGAUUUCCCAUCAUGCAGAUGUGUAGAGCAAAUUAUUGAAAAAGAUGAAGGUCCUUUUUAUACCCAUCUAGGAGCAGGUCCUAAUGUGGCAGCUAUUAGAGAAAUCAUGGAAGAAAGGUAUGGCGAGAAGGGAAAAGCUAUUAGGAUUGAAAGAGUCAUCUAUACUGGUAAAGAAGGCAAAAGUUCCCAGGGCUGUCCUAUUGCCAAAUGGGUGAUUCGCAGAAGCAGCCAAGAGGAGAAGCUACUGUGUUUGGUGCGGAAGCGUGUAGGCCACACCUGUAACACUGCAGUGAUUGUAAUUCUCAUCAUGUUGUGGGAAGGAAUCCCGCGCUUCCUGGCAGACAGACUCUACUCUGACAUCACAAAAGUCCUGAAGAACCAUGGCACUCUCACCAACCGUCGGUGUGCUCUGAAUGAAGAGAGAACCUGUGCUUGUCAGGGGCUGGAUCCAGAGACCUGUGGUGCCUCCUUCUCAUUUGGUUGUUCAUGGAGUAUGUACUACAAUGGAUGUAAGUUUGCCAGAAGCAAGGUCCCAAGGAAAUUUAAGCUGCUUGGGGAUGACCCGAAGGAGGAAGAGAAACUGGAAUCCGAUUUGCAAAACUUAGCCACUCUCUUGGCACCAACAUAUAAGAGACUUGCACCUGAUGCAUAUAAUAAUCAGAUUGAAUAUGAACACAGAGCUCCAGAGUGCCGGCUGGGUUUGAAGGAAGGCCGUCCGUUCUCAGGGGUCACCGCAUGUUUGGACUUCUGUGCUCAUGCGCAUAGAGAUCUGCACAACAUGCAUAAUGGCAGCACCGUGGUAUGCACCCUCACUAAAGAAGACAAUCGAGAAUUUGGAGCAAAACCUCAGGAUGAGCAGCUCCAUGUUUUGCCAUUAUACAAGAUCUCUGAUGUGGAUGAGUUUGGAAGUGUAGAGGGUCAGGAGGAGAAAAAACGGAAUGGUGCCAUUGAGGUGCUCACUUCUUUUCGACGCAAAGUCAGGAUGCUAGCGGAACCCGUCAAGACAUGCCGACAAAAGAAACUUGAAGCCAAGAGAGCUGCCGCCGAAAAGCUUUCUGCUCUAGAGAAUAACUCAAAUAAGAGUGAAAAGGAAAAGUCCUCACGUACAAAACAGCCUGAAAAUGCAAGCCAGGCUAAACAGUUGGCAGAACUUCUGCGUCUUUCAGGACCAGCCAUGCAGCAGUCUCAGCAGCCUCAGCCUCAGCAAAAGCCUCAGCCCCAGCCCCAGACCCAGUCUCAGACCCAAACCCAGUCUCAGCCCCAUAACCCUCCAUCAGAGGCCACCAACUCUUACUCUUCUUCCGGGUCCACAAAUGUGUACAUGAGACGGCUCAACCCAGUGAGUGCUCACCCUAGUUCUUCACACACUUCAGAUGUUUAUGGAGGUGCCAAUGCUAUGAACCUUUAUCCCACCUCAUCCCAAGCCACAGGUUCCUAUUCUAAUCCCAUGAAUCCCUACCCAGCACUGUUAAAUCAAAAUAAUCAAUAUGCAUCCUUUCAAUGUAAUGGAAAUAUACCCAUGGACAAUUGUUCACCCUAUUUGGGCUCCUAUUCUCCCCAAUCGCAUCCCAUGGAUCUAUACAGGUAUCCAAGCCAAGACCCUCUCUCCAAGCUCAAUCUGCCACCCAUCCACACAUUUUACCAGGCAAGGUUUGGAAACAGCCAGAAUUAUUCUUCUAAGUACCUGGGUUAUGGAAACCAAAAUAUGCAAGGAGAUGCUUUCAGCAACUGUACCAUUAGAUCAAAUCCACACCACCUAGGUGGAUUUCCUCCUUACUCCACUCAUGAAAUGGAUAGCCAUUUCAUGGGUGCCACUUCUCGACUACCACCCAAUUUGAAUAACCCAACUGCAGAGUACAAAAACGGCGAACAUCAUCCAUCUUCUCACAUGGUUCAUAACUACGGAGUAGCUCCUGGCAUUUUCGACAGCUCCCCGCACGCUCUGCAUCUCCAGAACAAGGAGAAUGAUGCUCUUCCCCACACGGCUAAUGGGAUGCCCAAGAUGCUUCCAGGACUGAACCACCACAGAACUGCUGCUGUCCCCAGCAGCUCACAUAAACCCAGUGAUGCUAACAGUCAGGACAAGCAGGCCUUGGCACCAGUUCAGGCUGGGACUCCUGCAGCAGCAGAAAAUGAUGAGGUGUGGUCGGACAGUGAGCAGAACUUUCUGGAUCCUGACAUUGGGGGAGUGGCUGUGGCUCCAGCACAUGGGUCCGUUCUCAUCGAGUGUGCAAAGCGUGAGCUUCAUGCCACCACCCCUUUAAACAAUCCCAACAGGGACAAGCCCACCCGGGUCUCACUUGUCUUUUACCAACAUAAGAGCAUGAAUGAGCCAAAACACGGCUUGGCUCUCUGGGAAGCCAAAAUGGCUGAGAAAGCUCGUGAGAAAGAAGAAGAGUGUGAGAAGCACGGCCCAGACCACAUGCCCCAGAAAACGCAUGGGAAAAAAUGCAAGCGGGAACCCACUGAGCCACACGAACCUUCCGAGCGCAAUUACCUGCGCUUCAUCAGAACUCUCGCUGAGAGGACCAUGUCUGCGACCACAGACUCCACCAUAACUACAUCUCCAUAUGCCUUCACUCGCGUCACUGGGCCUUACAACAGAUACAUAUGAUGUGGUUGCUUCUGUCAGUUACCUCACUUGAUAAGUCCACAACCAAACCUGUCUGUAGUUUCGUUCUCAUGAUGUGGGCAGUGGGGAAGAGGUCACAGUAUUCCUGAUGUGGUGGGAAAACCCCUGCUCCCCAGCAACAAAGGAGGGGAUCUUACCACAGCACUUCAUUUGCCCAAGUGGUCACAGAUGGUGUCUAGGGAGAAGACCAAAGCAUUCUAUGCAAAAAGAAGGCGGGAAAGAAUGUGUUCCACAAUUUACAUUGUUAACACUGGUUCUAUUAUGGGAUGAGAAGAGAUGUAAAUGUGAUUUUUUUCCCCCCUUACUACUCUACACAUCUGUGACCAACUUUUAAUAAUACCAAGUUUGCAUAGUCAUAGAACACAAACAAGUACUGUAGAAUCACAGUUGCAGGAAUCAUACAAUACCAUCUGGUGCUGAAUAUACAAUGUACUGAAAUACUGGAAUUAUGGCUUUUAAAAUAUGCAGUUUUUACUGUAAUCUUAAUAUUUUAUUUAUCAAAAUAGUUACAGAGUGUAAAUGAAUAGCAGCAAAACACUGAAUUUGUUUGGAUGUGCUAAGAAAUGGUGCUAAGAAAAUGGUGUCUUUAACAGUUGAAAAUUUAAUGCCUUUAUUGUCAUCAAGAUGUUAUCUGUGUAUUCCAGUACCCUUUCAGUAAUACGGGGUACCUUUUCAUUCAGAUUUUUACCAUUGCAGAUUCUUCACAUUUUUAAAGGACUCUGGAUUGCACUCAUCCAGCGAUGUCCUUGUAGGACAAUAAACAUAUGUACAUAUAUGCACACAUGUAUAUGUGCACACACAUGUACAAAUAUAAAAUGUAUAAAUAUUUUAAAUGGUGUUUUAGACGCACUUUGUCUACCUAAGCUUUGACAACUUGAACAAUGCUAAGGUACUGAGACUUUUUAUUUUUAAAGUUUACUUUCAUUUUAGAAUGGAAAGUUGAUGUUUUUUUUUUUUUUUAAUGAACCAAGGCUUUUAAAGUAUAUUUUGCUUUUACCCAUGCAUCUGCUGAUGAGCAACAUGUUCAUUUUUUAACACAGCCAGUUAAAUCCUCCGUGGAGCUUACUGGAUUUAAUGGAAUACAUUAGUCCACACAACUUGUUUUCUGGUGCUCAUCUCAUGCUAUACUGUAAAACAAUUUUAUACAAAAUUGUAUGACAAAGUCAUUGCUCGAGUAUUAGACUUUUCAAGAGUUUUCUAUCAUCUGCCAGUCAUAAUUAGCAUGCUCCAGACACAACUCAUUCACGUAAGCGUGUGCCAUUUCAUGGGUCUGCGUGCUGUAAACAGAACCGAUGGCUGUCUGCCUUGGUGUUGAUAAUUAUGUGCAUUGUGCGAUUGUCUUUUCUUAGCUUAAGUGUCCUCUUUACCAGAAAGAUGGAGUGGACUGAUGCCUGCGUCAGAUGAAUAAACAGGGUUAGUUCCAUGUGAAUCUAUUGAUUUAAAGAAACAGGCAGCUGGUUUGCUGUGGUGGUUUUGAAUCAUUCAUUUGUAUAAAGAAUUGAAAGAGAUGUAUAGUAAAUUAAAUUGUAAACAAAACUUUUUUAACGCAAUGCUUUAGUAUUUUAGUACUGUAAAAUUAAAUAUAUACAUACACACACACACACAUAUAUAUAUAUAUAUAUGAAAUUGAAGCAGAAUUCAGAUCCUGAUGGUGCUACUCAGCCUGCUAAAAAUAUAAUGUGAGCUAAGAAUUCAUAAAAGGUUUGAGUGACGCUCCUACUUGUCAUAUACCUCAGCACUAGUUUGGCAAUAGGAGAGUGAGAAUGACAGCUUACAGCAUUGUGUACCAUCACUGCUUUCCAAGUCUUUUUGUUUGUUUGUUUUAAUUAUUAAGAAAGCAUACUUUUUUCAAUACUUGAUUUCUUAGCAAGUAUAACUUGAACUUCAAUCUUUUUGUUCUAAAAAUUCAGGGAUAUUUCAGCUCAUGUUCUCCUUAUGCCAACAUGUCACCUGUGUUUAUGUAAAAUUCUUGUAGGUUAAUAAAUACAUUCUUUUUCAGGGAUUUAACCCUUUUAUUUUGAAUCCCUCUUGUUUCACUUAUAUUUUUAAUAAUGUAACUAAAGCUAAUUUUGUAAAUUUGUUGGCUCUUUGUUAAAAGCAUUUUAGAAAUUCGGGGAAUCUUUUGACUGUGUCAAGCAGGACAGAAACAUUAGUGAUUAGUAGAAAGCACUGAGUUGAUAAAAGGGAUAAUUGUAAGGCAGGAGUCUGGCAAAUGGCUGUUGGCCAGUGUUUUAAAUCUCUGAAUAAAGCUUUUUUGAUCUUGUAAUUAAUGCAAGUGAAUAUUCCCUGGGUACUUCUCCAGGCAAAACACUUUUUGAGGUCUCGUGUGCAAUAAACUGUACAAUUACACUUUGGUUAAAUACAUUUUUGCUUAGUAGCAUUUCACAUCAACUCAUCAAAGGAAGCCAUUUGAGCUUUUCCUGUUUUCCAUAUACCUAAUCCAAAGUGGUUACCGGAUGUGAUACAGAGUUGGUCAUCCCUAAUGAAUUUUUGGUUUUUACAUCAUCCACUGUCAUUUGUCAAACUGCUAGCAGCAAGAGCAAGAAGUGUAAUUUGGCGAGUUGGGAGAGGUUAAGUAGGAAAGAAGAAAGGAGAUUAAAUGGCAUGUUGUAAAUAUCCCAUCUGUAACUGUAUAUAGCAAACCUGCCUCAGAAUGAAUGGAAAGCAGAUGUACAGUUUGCUUGUAUAGGAAUAUCAGGUUGACUAUAUAGCCAUACUUGAAAUGUUUCUGAGUGGUGUCAACGUUACUUGAAUGAAUUUUCAUCCUGAUUGACGCACAGUGGUGUAUAGUUCACUUCUAAAGCUAGUGGUAACUUGUUAGGAAACUUUGCAGUUUGACACUAAGAAAAUGAACUUCUGUGUGCAUUUCCUAUGCUUUAUUUUUUUAACUUAGUUCACUUCAUUUUCAUUUUAUAAUGAAAUCUAAGGAUGGUUAUAAAUAAUGUAAGUAUUGUAAUGUUAUGGAUGCAGGUUAUUUGAAAGCUGUUUAUUAUAUCAUUCCUGAUAACGCUAUGUGAGUGUUUUUAAUAAAAUUUAUAUUUAUUUAAUGCA